AUUCGCUACUCUUGGAUCGUCUUAAAAGUCGAAAAGCAAACUUCCCACCUAAUUUAAACUUUGCUGCGCACUGACCACUGCCAUAAAGAAAAUGUCAGGAAUAAUUUCUUGUGAUUGGCGCACAUUAUUCCAUCAGUCAUGUUCCACAUCUGCAAGGGUGAAGCCGAACAAAGUUCCGAUCAUCAAUUCCACAAAUACCCAGAUCAGAUUUCAAUCCCUAAUAAGAAAAAGAUGCGAAAACGCAUUCGGAUCGGCGGCGGGAAACCAGGAUUACGGCGGAAAAGGGCGGAGAUGGGUGGAAUUAGUAAAGUGUGCUGCGGAGGAUUUUGAAAGAAGCGGAAGAAGAUCGGAAAAUGUGGUGGUGGAAGAAAAACAGAGGUAUAGAUAUGCAGUAGUUUGUUUAGUGGCGUUUGUGAUGGGUCUUUGCAGUGCAGAUAGGACUGUUAUGUCGGUAGCCAUUGUUCCUUUUGCUCAAACCCAUGGUUGGUCUACUUCUUUCAUUGGUAUAAUUCAGUCAUCAUUUCUAUGGGGCUACAUAAUAUCCUCAGUAAUUGGUGGAGCUAUGGCAGACGAAUUUGGUGGGGCAAGGGUAAUGGCAUGGGGUGUUGCACUCUGGUCUUUAGCUACUCUCCUUACUCCAUGGGCUGCCAAUCAUUCCGCUGCCACCCUUUUGGCUGUUCGAGUUGUUUUCGGGCUAGCACAAGGUGUCGCUUUUCCUUCCAUGAACAUCCUCCUAUCAAGGUGGUUUCCAAUCCAUGAACGUGCACGAGCUGUGGGGCUUUCUAUGGCAGGAUUUCAACUUGGAAAUGUAUUAGGCUUAUGCAUUACUCCAUUUUUAAUGUCACUAAUCGGAAUAUCAGGACUUUUUGUGCUGUUUUCGUCUUUUGGGCUACUUUGGCUAGUACCAUGGGUUUAUGGAGUUACAAGUAAUCCAACCGAAAGUCGUUUUGUUAGUUACUCUGAACUCCAACUUAUUCAAGCAGGGAAGCUUUCUCAUUCUUCUCAUAGCAAGGGAGAAAAUCAAUCUCUAAGAUUUGGCUUGCUUUUACCAAAUAUGUCAUUUUGGGCAGUUGUAUUCUCCAAUUUUACUAACAAUUGGGGAUAUUUUGUUCUCUUAUCAUGGAUGCCUAUUUAUUUCAAAACAGUUUUACAUGUGAACCUUAAGGAAGCUGCGUGGUUUAGCGCAAUUCCAUGGGGAAUAAUGGCUGUCACGAGCUAUAUUGCUGGCUCAUCAUCAGAUUACUUGACCAAAUCUGGUUAUUCUUUGAUAUUUGUUCGUAAAUUGAUGCAGUCUAUAGGUUUUGUUGGACCUGGUUUAUCAUUGCUUUGCUUGAAUUACGCUACGACUCCAGCAGUUGCAUCUAUAAUACUUACAGUUGCUCUCAGCUUAAGUUCUUUCAGCCAAGCUGGAUAUUUCCUUAAUAUGCAAGAUAUUGCUCCAUAUUCGACUGGAUUUCUUCAUGGUAUAACAAAUGCAAUUGGAACAUUAGCUGCAAUAAUUAGUACGAUUACUGCAGGCUACUUUGUGGAAUGGCUUGGAUCUUUCAAGGCUUUUUUGACAUUGACAGCUAUGCUGUAUUUUUCCGCUACCACUUUUUAUAACCUUUUUGCCACAACACAGCGAAUAGUUUGAAAAUAAUAAUGCUAAGUAUGUUACAUUGUUAUAGUUUAUAUUAACGUAAUAUAAUUCGCUAACUGAUUCGCUUUUUAAAUUUGUAAUUUGCUUAAAUUUGUUUAUAAAUAGCUCAAAUUGACAAUAAUUUACUUUUUCAGAUUCGUAAUUCGCGAGAAGAUAAAUAAAUUAUGUAACACUGAUUCGUAUGUUGUAAUUGUAUAUGGUUGUUUCUUUCAUCUUUAGGACAUAGGACUUCCUUUAGGUUGGGGAAUACUUCCAAUCAUGUAUAUGGAGAGCGAUUACUGAAAUUUUAAAUUA